GAUGCAGGAGGCAAAGAGUUAAUGGGGAAGUUAACGAGAGAAUGAAUGAGUGGUUGAGUAAACUGGGAGCUGUGGGUUGGGGCGUCUGGGGGCAUUCACUCUCAACCGCCCCCUACCUCUUUUUUCUUGCCUCUGCCUCCAGCGUCCUCUAUUUCUCCAUCCACCGCUAUGAGCAGGGCCGGUUCUGGCCCCACCUGAAGGCCUCUAACUGGUCCACCAUAGGUUUUGGCCGAGGCCAGGGAUAUACCAUGAAUGUGCCUUGGAACCAGGUGGGGAUGCGAGACGCCGACUACAUUGCCGCCUUCCUGUACCUCCUUCUGCCAGUCGCCCUUGAGUUCCAGCCCCAGCUGGUCCUGGUGGCCGCUGGAUUUGAUGCCCUCCAAGGGGACCCCAAGGGUGAGAUGGCCGCUACUCCGGCAGGGUUCGCUCAGCUAACCCACCUGCUCAUGGGUCUGGCAGGAGGCAAACUGAUCCUGUCUCUGGAGGGUGGCUACAACCUCCGCUCCCUGGCCGAGGGCGUCAGCGCCUCCCUCCACACCCUUCUGGGAGACCCUUGCCCCACACUGGAGUCUCCUGGUGCCCCCUGCCCAAGUGCCCAGGCGUCACUCUCCUGCGCUCUGGAAGCCCUGGAGCCCUUCUGGGAGGUCCUUGUAAGAUCAGCUGAGACCCUGGAGGAGGACUUCCUGGAGGAGGAGAACGUGGAGAAGGAAGCAGAGGGACCGUGGCAGCCCCCGGCGCUCCCAAUCCCGACCUGGCCGGUGCUACAGGCUCGCACAGGGCUGGUCUAUGACCAGCGAAUGAUGGGUCACUACAACUUGUGGGACAAGUAUGCAAACCGCGUCAGGGGUGAAGUCUCCCCGACCAUGACCUCCACCGGCCAGGAUUCCACCACAACCAGGCAGCGAAGGAGUAGGCAUAACCCCCAUUCGCCCCCCCACGACUCCAGCGUCACCUCGAAGCGAGGUGUUAAGAAGGGUGCCUUACUCCACUCCAGCCCUAGUCUAGCAGAGCUAAAGAAGAAAGGCAGAAUGAAGAAGCUCAGCCAAGCAGCAGAGCAAGACCUAGUCGUGGGCCUGAAAGAGCUGGAUGUGAACCUCGAGGCCAAGACACUGUCUGGCACUGGCUUGGUGUUCGAUGAGCAGCUAAAUGAAUUCCACUGCCUCUGGGAUGACAGCUUCCCUGAAGGCCCUGAGCGGCUCCAUGCCAUCAAGGAACAGCUGAUCCAGGAGGGCCUUCUGGACCGCUGCGUGUCCUUCCAGGCUCGGUUUGCUGAAAAGGAGGAGCUGAUGUUGGUUCACAGCCUAGAAUACAUUGAUCUGAUGGAGACGACCCAGUACAUGAAUGAAGGAGAGCUCCGCAUCCUAGCAGACACCUAUGACUCAGUUUACCUGCAUCCGAACUCAUAUACCUGUGCCUGCCUGGCCUCGGGCUCUGUCCUCAGGCUGGUGGAUGCGGUCCUGGGGAACGAGAUCCGGAAUGGCAUGGCCAUCAUCAGGCCUCCUGGACACCAUGCCCAGCACAGUCUUAUGGAUGGAUAUUGCAUGUUCAACCACGUGGCCGUGGCUGCCCGCUACGCUCAAAAGAAGCAUGCCAUUCAGAGGGUGCUCAUCGUGGACUGGGAUGUGCACCAUGGUCACGGUACACAGUUUACCUUUGACCAGGACCCCAGCUUGCUUUUUGCAUUUAACAGCAUGUCGUGGACACCUCUCCAUGUUAGUGCCUCUAAAAAAGACACCCCGGUCUUUAUGCCUCAGCGAGUCUUCCGGAUCAUGCGCCGUUUGGAAGAACUGGGCCUUGCGGGGCGCUGCCUCACGUUGCCCGCACGCCCCGCCACGGAUGCCGAACUGCUCACCUGCCACAGUGCUGAGUACGUGGGUCGUCUGCGGGCCACAGCGAAGAUGAAAACCCGGGAGCUGCACCGCGAGGGCUCCAGCUUCGACUCCAUCUACAUCUGCCCCGACACCUUCGCCUGCGCACAGCUGGCCACUGGCGCCGCCUGCCGCCUGGUGGAAGCCGUGCUGGCCGGCGAGGUUUUGAAUGGCACUGCUGUGGUGCGUCCCCCAGGACACCAUGCAGAGCGGGAUGCCGCGUGUGGUUUUUGCUUUUUCAACUCUGUGGCUGUGGCUGCUCGCCAUGCCCAAGCCGUCAGUGGGCAUGCGCUGCGGAUCCUCAUAGUGGACUGGGACGUCCAUCACGGUAAUGGAACUCAGCACAUAUUUGAGCAAGACUCCAGCGUGCUGUACAUUUCCCUGCACCGAUAUGAUCACGGCACCUUCUUUCCCAUGGGGGAUGAGGGCGCCAGCAGCCAGAUAGGCCGGGCCACGGGCACCGGCUUCACCGUCAACGUGGCCUGGAACGGGCCCCGCGUGGGCGACGCCGACUACCUGGCUGCCUGGCAUCGUCUGGUGCUCCCUAUUGCCUACGAGUUUAACCCAGAACUGGUGCUGGUGUCGGCUGGCUUUGAUGCUGCACGGGGGGACCCGCUGGGGGGCUGCCAGGUGUCACCCGAGGGCUAUGCACACCUCACCCACCUGCUGAUGGGCCUUGCCAAUGGCCGUAUCAUCCUGAUCCUAGAGGGUGGCUACAACCUGACAUCCAUCUCGGAGUCCAUGGCUGCCUGCACCCGUUCCCUCCUUGGGGACCCACCACCACUGCUAACCCUGUCGCGGCCCCCGCUGUCAGGGGCCCUGGCCUCCAUCACCGAGACCAUCCAAGUCCAUCGCAGAUACUGGCGCAGCUUGCGGGCCAUGAAGGUCGAAGACAAGGAGGGACCCUCCAGUUCUAAGUCGAUCCCCAAGAAGCUGACCCAGCCAGCCAACCGUGGGUCAGCUGUGGGGAUGACCGCACCAGAUGGGAACAUUCUGGAUGCGGACGCAGGGAAGGCUACCUCAGCAUCAUCCAUGGAAGUGGCCACUCCAGACCAAGCUAAGUCAGAGACUGCCGUGGUGGAGCUCAGUCAGGACCAAACCUCGGAGGCUCCCACUGGGGAAGCCACGGCGGACCAGACACCCUCAGAGGCAGCCACAGGAGGGGCCACGCUGGACCAGACCAUCGUGGAGUCUGCCACAGUUGGAGCCACGCCGGGCCAGACCACCUCAGAGGAAGCCGUGGGGGGAGCUGCGGUGAUCCAAACCCCUCCAGCCUUAUGUACUGACAACCAGACUCCUCCAGCCUCACCUGCGCAAGGAGCCACGGCCCAGAUAGCCCCCAGUAAGCUGACUGAGAAUCUCAGGACCUUGGACCUAAACAGCGAGGCUCAGGAGGCACCAGAAUCUCAGAUGGCAGAAGAGGAGGGGCUGCUAGGAGAGGCAGCUAGAGGUCAGGACAGGGAAGAUUCCGUGCUGAUUCAGAGCUUUGGGGACCAUGCCCACGCCGACCAGGUCAUGUUUUAUGCCGUGACACCGCUGCCCUGGUGUCCCCAUUUGGUGGCAGUACGUCCCAUACCUGAAUCGGGCCUGGACGUGACCCAACCUUGUCAGGACUGUGGAACACUCCAGGAGAACUGGCUGUGUCUAUCUUGCUAUCAGGUCCACUGUGGCCGUUACGUCAGUGCCCAUAUGCUCCAACACCACGAAGUCUCAGGACACCCGCUGGUCCUCAGCUACGUCGACCUGUCUACCUGGUGUUACAACUGUGAGGCCUAUGUCCACCACCAGGCUCUCCUGGAUGUGAAGAACAUCGCUCACCAGAACAAGUUCGGGGAGAACAUGCCCCACUCACACUAAAUCCCAGAACGUGCCCCUCUUCUCCACCUUCUGAGGACCUGGAUGAGGGGCAGCCUCACUCCAUUCCAUCCUGAAGACUCUUUUCACCUCCCCAAGGGUGCCGAUUUAAGCAUAAAUACUUGUAAGAGGACUGUGAUGAUCAGUUGUAAAUCUCCCUCUGCCCACUGUCUGUUGGAGGGACUCCAUCUUCUCUGCCCUGGAAGGAAAGGGGGGGUUCAGUGGUCCCAAGAGGGGGCUGAUAUCACGAAGAGAGGGGAAUCAACUGACAAUAUAUAGCAGAGUUCCAUUUGUAAUAAAGGACAAGCUGUUACAAAA